AGCUAUGAUUUUAGAUUCCGCAACAACAACAACAACAAUUUAUCUUUAAUCAGCCAAUUUCGCUUUUAAAUAAGUAGAAUGGAUGAAAUUGACGAGACAGGCGAAUAUAUAUCAAAUAAGACUAUACAUGAUCUACCAGAAGAAAUAUUAGAAUUCAUCUUGAUGAAGGUGUCUCCAUACAGAGACUUGAAAUCAGCAAGUUUAGUCUGUACUGCCUGGAACAAACUUAUUAAAGUUGUUAAGAGGAAACUUCAUCAAAUAUUUCUACAAAGUGUUUAUACAUCCAAAAUUGACUGGUCAUGCAUUCAACCAGAACCUGUGGCACAUAUCACAGAACGCUAUUCUCACAGUUGCUGCUACCAUGAUAAAUCUCUGUACGUUUUUGGAGGCUGUACAUCUACUAACACCACAUUAAAUGAUCUAUGGAGGUUUGAUCUGUCAACUAGAGAAUGGAUAAGGCCCUUGGCAAUGGGGACAUAUCCCUAUCCUAAAGCAUGUGCCAGUUUGGUAGUAUAUAAAGAUAACUUAGUUCUAUUUGGAGGCUGGAGUCAUCCUACACCAUUCCCAUUGCAUCAGGCAGCAAGAUUUUUCUCAGAACUUCAUAUUUACAAACCAUCAACAAACCGGUGGUCCCAUGUAACAACAUUAUCACACCAGAGUCCUCAACCUAUUGCCGGACAUUCCGCAUCAGUUAUUGGUGAUAGUAUGGUGAUAUUUGGAGGAUCACAGAUUCCUGGUAUAAGAACAAAUGAAGUGUGGUUGUUUGAUUUUAAUGAGCAAGUUUGGAAAAUGCCGAAGAUAGGGUAUAGGAGGCCAAUGCCUAGAUACGGACAGACGCAGGUAACAUUGGAUGACAGUCAUAUUCUGAUAGUUGGAGGAUGUGGAGGUGGCAUACCUAAUCAGGUUUACAAUGAUUGUUGGUUGUUGACUGUAGGGGAAGAUGAGUGGAGGUGGGAUUUAAUUAUUGUAGAAAACCCCCAGUGGGCUGCUCCCCAGCUUUGGUGUAACAGUGCUUGCAAGGUAGAUAACAUGAUUGUUACGUUGAGCAAAGCCGCUAAGCCACCACCAAGAACUGUUCCAGUGAGUCCAAGGACAUACAAACCAGUGGGUAAAAUAUGGGUGCCUCCUAGAGAAAAUGUAGUUGACACAAACACAAUGCCAACCAAUCACAGUGAAGAAUAUGCAUCCAAUGCAACAAUGUCAACAAAUCAGAGCCAACCAUCUGAAUCACCUGAUUUCAUGCAGGCCAAUCAGAGUCAUACAUCUGGAAUAGAAACAACCAAUCAAAGGGCACAUAAUGCUGUACCAGCCAAUCAGAAUGGAAAAAAUUGUGGUUUUGAAAAAGUUGACCAAUCUAGUUUGUCAGCUCAUAGUGCAAGUCAUCAACCAGAUUUUAGAAGUCCUGAAGCUGGAACAUCCAAUCCUAGACCAGGCCAACCAAGUGUAAGACCUAAUGCUAUGAAAAAUAGACAAAAACAGCUGGAAGCGUUAUUGAAGUAUGAGAAGAGAUUUCGCCAUACUGAUAUGGUGGGGCCGUCUGAUGGUGACAAUGAACCCCCUAGACUUUCGCAAAAUCUUCACAAUAUCAGGCAACAGAAAACACCAGUUUCUACAAAUUUGGCCUCACUGAUGGUCCCCCAUGUAUUAGAUAUUUCACAAGUUUUGGAAUGUAAAAAAGUUACAUGGCAGAAAUUGAACUUUGAAAACUUGACUGGAGCACCGACUGGGACUAUAUUCUACUCUUUAGUUGAAGGUCAGAAUGAAAUUUUGAUGUUUGGAGGCAUUGAGAAGGACAUACAUGCUUUACAAAGGGGUCAGGGGAUCCAAUCACAUACUGUGAACAAUUUACUAUAUGUUAUUUCCCCCAUACAUCAUCUUCAUUGAGAAUUUUUUUUUUAUUCUGCAUUAUUUUUAUCUUUGUUAACAUAUUUUGGAAGCACUUAUGCUGUAAGACAGAUUCAUUCUUUAAAGCUACAGCAUCACUGGAUCUGUCUACACUUAUAUGAGCCGUGCCAUGACAAAACCAACAAAGUGCGUUAGCGACCAGCAUGGAUCCAGACGAGCAUUCGCGCAGUCUGAUCAGGAUCCAUGCUGUUUGCUUACAAACCCUAUUACAAGUAGAGAAACUGAUUGCGAACAGUAUGGAUCCUGAUCAGACUGCGCAGAUGUGCAGACUGGUCUGGUUCUGUGCUGGUCGCAAACACAUUAUGUUGGUUUUGUCAUGGCGCGGCUCAAUUAUAUUACUCAUAAAAGUAAACGUUUGCAGUUUCCAGUGGAUUGCUUUGACUUUAAAGUUGCAACUGUGACAAAUCUGAAAUGUAAAUACUGCUUCUUUGUAUAGUUCCAUUUUCUUUAUUAAUGGGUCACAAAAUAAAAUGUUUUAACAGUUAAAGAAAUCAUAGCAAGAUUAAUGUUAUUUAAGAGAAAAUAUAUCCCAAACAGUGAUUUUUUUCUGUUCGGAUACGAGGAACUAUAUCACGGAUGCGAGGAAUUCUAUCACGUGGGUGUAGCCUGAGUGAUAUAAUGAUGCACAUUCGAGCGACAGUGAUUUUAUCAAGAGCCGGGCUAACCUGCAUCCUUGACCAGGCUCUAUGUUAAAUAUUUGUACAUGUAUUUGAUUAAAAAAUCCGUAAACUUCAAAUUGACUGUUCUUGAUGCAAAGCAGGACAGAUCCAUAUGAAAAAUUAAGCAAGUAAAUCGUAAAAUGUUCGUAUAUUUUGUUUGUAACAUUUUUGUAGUAGAUAUUAUAUGACUAUUAUACAUAAAAAAUGAAGGCCACCAAAAAUGCUUUUGUGUUGCGAGUUUUUUCAGGAUUGUAACAAAUACUUGUACACUUAAUACCAGAUAAUAAAUAAUGUUAAAAAAGAAAAAUGAAAAUUUUGUUAUGAGUGUUUUGGUAAUUAAUGUGUUAAUUUGUAUUAAUGAUAGCCAUUGAUUCAAAAUUAGUCCAACCUUUGGGUACAACUUACACUGUUAAAAACUUUGUAUAAACCACUUUAAAUAAGGAACAGGUUGGAGAAACCUUUUUUCCAACUCUUGUAUCUAACAUAUUAAAUUGCUGUAUGAUAACAUGCUAUAACUAUUAAACUAAGACAUAUAAUUCA